CAGGGUUUUUAAAAUUAUGGCACAUCAAAUGAAAUUAUUCCUCUUCUCGUUCCUCUUCCUCGUCCUGUCGCAAAACGUUUUAUCCGUCAGGAAACAAUUCAACCCGCCGCCAAAACCAUGCAAAAGAUUCGUCCUCUAUUACCACGACAUCAUGUUCGGAGUGGACGAUGUCCAAAACGCCACGUCAGCAGCCGUCACGAACCCCCCGGGUCUCGGGAACUUCAAGUUCGGGAAGCUCGUGAUCUUCGACGACCCCAUGACCAUGGAUCGCAACUACAUGUCCGAACCAGUGGCACGCGCGCAGGGGUUCUAUUUCUACGACAUGAAGAACGAUUACAACGCGUGGUUCGCAUACACUCUGGUCUUCAAUUCCACGCAGCACAAAGGCACGUUGAAUAUAAUGGGGGCAGAUUUGAUGAUGGAGAAGACACGUGACUUGUCCGUGGUCGGAGGAACAGGCGACUUCUUCAUGACACGUGGCAUUGCUACGUUCGAGACCGAUGAGUUCCAAGGCGCCAAGUAUUUCCGUGUCAAGAUGGACAUCAAGCUCUACGAAUGCUAUUAAGUAAUGUGAAAUGAAAUAACGAAACGAGACCUUUAUUGAACGUUGUAUUUGCAAUUCGGUCCAAAAUUUUAAGAUCCUUCAAGUUUUAA